UAUUUCAUCUCUCUGGCGAAUGCAGUCCCUUUUUCCGUGGGAGCUCCUCUCUGCACUUCAUUACGACUUUCAAAACCGAAAGUUUCCUUCAGCAAAUACCCCAAGCACUAAGCUAAUUGGGGCGACCCGGAAUUGCCCCUGCCGCUCCCUUCGGAUAAUUAUCAAAUACCCUUAUUUUGCCUUAAACCCUGAGUAGUUUUUUCAACUCAACUCCAUCUGGCUGUCAUUUCAAUAAGGUAUUUUGAGUUUUCAUGAACAAAUGCUCUUUGCAGGUCACAGCCUGUGAUUCCUGUUUCUCAGUUUUCUGUUUAAUGGGAAGUUUUGGGUUUCUUGAAUCGCGUGAAGUUGAACUCGCUGUGCUUGUGUGAAGUAGGAAUUUGGUGGAUUUAUUGGGAUUUCGGGGUACUAAUGACUUACAGAUAUGAUGGGCUUUCCCUAAUUUUUGAUAUACUUUUGCCAUGUACGCUGUAGGUCUUUUCGGUCCCAGAAUUUUCAAGGGAUUUUCUUGUUUUUGUGUUGUUACACGUACUUUGUGUAGCAGAAUAUUGAAUGGCGAUGAUGUCGAAAAUGGGUUUGGGCGCAUUGAAGAUUUUCUUAAUGAAUCUUGGAAAAGUUCGCAAAUUGACUAUGAUGUGGAGGAAAAGACUUCAAGUUUAUAUGAUUCGCUUGGGUCUGAGGGAAACUUUGCUGCAAGAAAGAGUUUUGUUGAUGGGGUGAUAAGUGAUGCUGAAAGGAUUCUUGAAAUUCUUCAUCAAGAUGGUCCUGGAUUUGAUGCAAAACAGGUCCUAAGUGAUCUAGGUGUGAGGGUUUCAGGUCUUCUUGUGAGAGAAGUUCUUUUCAGUAUCUUGAAGACGAUAAAUUGUGUCAACAAAAAUCGGUGUGCAAAGCUGGGAUACAAGUUUUUCGUGUGGUCUGGUGAGCAGGAGAACUACAGACAUACGGCUAAUACCUACCAUAUGAUGAUGAGGAUCUUUGCGGACUCUGAGGAAUUUAAGGCAAUGUGGAGAUUAGUUGACGAGAUGAUUGAGAAAGGGUACCCAACUACUGCGAGGACGUUCAACAUAUUGAUAUGCACUUGUGGUGGGGCUGGGUUAGCUAGGAAAGUGGUGGAGAGGUUUAUCAAAUCGAAGACUUUUAAUUAUAGGCCGUUUAAACAUUCAUUUAAUGCAAUUCUGCAUUCGCUUUUGACACUAAAUCAGUACAGAUUGAUUGAGUGGGUGUAUCAGCAGAUGUUGGUUGAAGGCCAUUCCCCUGAUGUGUUAACCUAUAACGUUAUUAUGUGUGCAAAGUUUAGGUUGGGAAAGCUGGACCAGUUUCAUGGAUUACUUGAUGAAAUGGGCAGAAGUGGCUUCUCACCUGAUUUUCAUACAUUCAAUCUCCUGCUCCAUGUGCUAGGUAAAGGGGACAAACCGUUAGCAGCAUUGAAGCUUUUGAAUCACAUGAAGGAAGUUGGUGUUGAUCCAAGUGUUCUCCACUUCACAACGUUAAUUGAUGGGCUCAGUCGGGCUGGUAAUUUUGAAGCUUGCCAGUAUUUCUUCAGUGAAAUGACAAAGCAUGGAUGUGUGCCGGAUGUUGUCUGUUACACUGUCAUGAUAACAGGUUACGUUGUGGCAGGUCAGUUUGAUAAGGCUCGGGAGAUGUUCAGCGAUAUGAUCGACAAGGGACAAUUGCCUAAUGUGUUUACCUACAAUUCCAUGAUCCGUGGGCUUUGUAUGGACAGGAAGUUUGAGGAAGCUUGGUCGAUGUUGAAAGAAAUGGAAUCAAAAGGUUGUACGCCCAAUUUUCUUGUGUACACUACAUUAGUUGGUUACCUGCGGAAUGCAGGCAAGUUGGCUGAAGCUCAUGAGGUUAUAAGACAUAUGGUGGAAAAAGGGCGGUAUGCUCAUCUGCUGUCAAAAAUUAAAAGAUAUAGGAGAUGCUAAGGAGGUGAAGUACUUGUAAUACGGAAGACGCAUUGUAACCUUAAUGAAAUUUUGUUCAUUGAUGGAGCUGUUGAUGCGUCUUCCUUCAUUUACUUCAGAAACCCUGUAAGUCUCAGCACAUCCCAAUUUUGACAAUCUAUAAGCUUUCCGAUAGCUUCCUUCUGUAGCAGAUGUGAUACUCUUCUCGUGCAGCUUCUUGAUUAACAAAUAUUUCAAGGUUUGAAUUAUGUCUCUGCAUACUAUAUCAAAAGAAAGAAAUGAUCAAAUAAGGCUCUUUUGUUGAAUGAAA